ACAGCCGCCUGGUUGCUAGGUAAAAAGUAGCGCGCAGAUUCUCGCUCUUUUUACCGUCAGGUGACGCUGUAUUUACAAACUGUAACGGAUUUUGGAGAACGAAAUAUUGUAACAUUUCAGGUAUAAAGAGGACAUUUAAAACGAAAUACAAGAGUUGUAGGCCGUCUGAGAUGAGCUCGAUAGAUGUGAAAAAGUUAAAAGUCGCCGAUCUACGGGCGGAGCUGCAACAGAGGGGCCUAGACACGCGCGGCCUGAAGGCCGAACUAAUCGACCGCUUGCAAGCUGCAAUCGACACUGAGAACGGCGGAGUGAAGGUAGGGGAGGCCGCGGUGGGAGACUGGCCUGCUGAAAGCGAUUCAAGUCUUGAAUGUGGUGAUUCACACGACGUUCUAGAGCAGGAGACUGAAACAGAGGCUGGAGAUCCAGAGGACGUUUUUAAAGCCGCAGAAAAGCAAGAGCUGACGGAAACGGCGAGCCCAGCGGAAGGGGGUUCUCCGCUUCAAGAACAGCCAUCACUGCUAACCGCUUCAGGGACGAUUAAGGAAGCUAAUCCACCCGUUCCUUCGCCGGUAAGAGCAUCAUUAGAGCUACAGAAACCGCAGCAGUCGCCAUCCCCUGCAAAGUUGCAGCUAGGAGGUUCGGAGACCAUGACAGAGCAACAGAACGCAAAGCAAACCGUGCAGGCCACAGAGCAGGGAGGGAAGGCUGCGGAGAGCGCAGCAGAACCAGAGUGCGAGAGUCGCAGCACGCAAAAAGCGAACGAUAAGGAGGGAGAUGCCGCGAAGAUCCCCGCCACCAAGGAGGACGGUGUGAAUGGGGAGCAGGUUAAGAUGGAACCUGGGCAGAGUGAAGACUGGCCCACCGAGAGGGAGGCCGGGAGCGACGACUCUGGCUCUGAAAUGGAGCACGAAGGCGAGCAAAACAACCAGGACAAAAAAGAGGAAGAGCAAGGUGAACGCAGAGGUGUGAAAAGACCUCAUGAAGAACGGGGGCGAGGCUACUAUGAGUUUAAAGAAGAGGUUAACUACAACCGGGCCAAGUCUCCAGAGCCAGAAGAAGAAGAAAUUGAGGAGGAAGUGGAUGAAGGUUUGGUCUGUCUUGAUACAUAUAACUGUGAUUUGCAUUUCCAAGUAAAUAAAGAGCGCUACAGUGGACAACCCCUCUUUUCAGAACGUUUUCCCCAUCUGUGGUCUGGUAGCCGUGCAACUCAUGGUGUGACAAAGGGGCGGGUUGGCUUUGAGGCUAAGGUAUCUAAGAAAUUGAAAGCAAAAGACCUUCCAGAAGAGGAUCCUGAGACACAUGUACUUCGUGUUGGCUGGUCAGUCAAUAAUGCAAGUGUUCAGCUUGGUGAGGAUGAGUUAUCAUAUGGGUAUGAUGGCCGUGGGAAAAAGGUGGAAAAUCGUGCUUUUGAAGACUUUGGCGAAACUUUCACUGAAAAUGAUGUUAUUGGCUGUUACGUGAAUUUUGAAGGGGAGGAGAUAGAGCUUUCGUUCCAGAAGAAUGGCACAGAUCUUGGUGUGACCUUCACUGUUAGUAAAGAUGCUCUAGGAGACCAAGCUUUAUUUCCUCAUAUGCUAUGUAAAAAUUGUGCUGUUGAAGUUAACUUUGGGCAGCUAGAGGAGCCCUUUUUCCCCACACCGGAGGGGUUUGUGCUGAUGCAUCAAAUAUCAGCCGAAGAAUUGGUCCGCUCCUCCAUGGCUCCUAAAACAAAAGAGGAGUGCGAGGUGCUGAUGAUGGUUGGAAUGCCUGGUGCUGGUAAAACUCACUGGGCUCGAAAUCAUAUGAUUGAGAACCCAGAGAAGCAUUACAAUGUUCUUGGGACAAAAAAUGUCUUGGAACGAAUGAGAGUACAGACACCUGAAGGAGCUCAAGUAAGUGCUGAACAGAAGGAGAUGUUACUGCAGCAGGCAACCCAAUGUCUUAGUCAGCUCAUUCAAAUUGCUGCUCGUAAAAAGAGGAACUACAUUCUUGACCAGGCUAACGUGUACAGCUCUGCCCAGCGACGUAAGCUGCUGCGAUUUAAAGGGUUCAAUCGAAAGGCAGUGGUAGUUUGUCCCAGUGAUGAAGAGUGGAAAAAGCGACUGCAACUCCACCAGCAAGAAGAAGGAGAGGAAGUGGCUGAAACCUCUCUUCUAAAGGUUAAAGUGAGUUUUACACUCCCGUCCAAGUGUAAUUUUCUGGAAGAAGUCAUCUAUUCUGAACUACAGAAAGAAGAGGCAGAGAAGCUGCUUGCUACAUACAAAGAAGAAGCUCGCAAAGUGCUUCCGCCACCGCCAAAACGCAAGAAACAUCGUAAUCGGCGUAAACAGCAGAAUCGCAAUAUACGAGGUGGAGGGAUGAUGGGGACAGGAAUCCUACCUUUGCCAUAUGGGGCAAACAGAGGUGGUUUCAAUCACCGUCCAUUUGAGCCACCGCAGCCUUUCUGGGGGGGACAACCACGCAGAGAGCAGGAGUACAGACCAUUUUAUAACCAGUACAGAACAGAAUAUGACCGGUUUUAUGGGCGAAACUAUGAUCCACAGCGGUAUCGGGAAUACUACAGGCAAUACACUCAAGAGUGGAACCGCUAUUAUCGGGAUCAGGAUCGUUACGGCUAUGGUGGUGGUGGUGGCGGCGGCGGCAACAGGAAUUAUGGCUAUGGAGGAGGAGUCAACUAUAGGGGUGGUUAUCGGUAAACCACAGCAUGGAAACUUUUGUCUCAUUUUCCUAUCUUUCCGGCCUAAAUCUCAAAACUUUUUUUUUUUUUUUUUUUUUUUGCCUCCUUCUUUUGUUUUCUACAGUAGAUAGGGUUUUGUUUUUUGUUUGUGUGUGUGUUUUUUUUUUUUUUUUUUUGUCUUCCUUUUCAUGCCAGAUUGGAAUGCCAGUUUAAUGAUAGGGGACAAAAUAUAAUAAUUCACCCAAGAGGCAAUACACUGCUUUUCUUUUAGUUUUCAUCUUUUGUGGUAAUGGAGGGAGGGGGUUAUGUGGUUUUCAUUUUCUUAAAUUGUCAACUGUACAUUUUUAAGCAAAAAAAAAUGUUAACUUGAUUGUCUUAAUUGAAUACACAUUUCAGCUUUUACUAGACUUUUUAUAUUGUAUGUAAAUAUAUAUAUAUAAAUACCUAUCUAAAAUACCUGUCUGCUGAUAGAGCAGUUUCUUGCUGCCAACAGAUUUAUGCUUGUGAAACAGCAUCUUGAUUUGAAGCAUCCCUCACUUCCAGUGUUUGGUCAUGGGGAGAAAAAUGAGAGACAGACCAUUAGAUUAAGCAUUUUGGCUUUUACAUGUGAGGAUAUAAAUAAAAGCAUUUCUAUCCUGGAAUUUUACUUUUUUUAAGCUGUUAAAUGUCAAUGUGGAAAUGUUGUUCAGAAUGUAAUGUUGAUUUCAAACCAUUCACUUCAGGGACAGACAGCAUUAGGUAUUUAGCUGCCUUCUGAGGCAUUGUAUGUGCUUUUGAAUUAAGUGUGCUUUUUAAUUGCCCUGUUUGCCCAUUUUGCAUUCAAGGACCAUUAAUGGACAAGUUUAUGGUCUCUAAGACUGAGAAGUGAAUGAGACCUAUGCUUUUGUUUUUGUUUUUUGUUUUUUUUUCUUCCCUCCCCUCAUCCCUCUGUGCAGUGGGUAAAUUUUGAGUCAUCUGCCUUAAUUUUAUAUUUGGUUUCAACUUCUGAGUUGAUAUUUCCUCUCAUUCAUCUGUAGAUUACAUUCAUUGCCAUAUUAGAAUUAGCUGUUGAAGCCCUUACUGAAUAGAAAAAGCCACUGUUAUAUUUAUUACAGUUGAUAAAUGUGAUGGUAAAGUUAUGUGCAAACUUUGGAAUGCUGCAAGAGCUCUGAUUAAAUUCCUUUGAUCUAAA